AAAAUGAAUUAUUUCGCAAUUUUGCUCAACAUUAUGUUACCCGCACCUUUCUUUAUAUAUAAAGGUACUUGUGUAUUAUUUCCCUUCAUUUUUUGAAAUACAGUGCUGGUCAAAAAGACGCGAGAAGUUGUCACUAUAAUUAUGGAUCACCCUGUACAAUUGUCAAUUGAGAACCCCGCCGUCAGCAUGGAUUCCACCGGACAGAUUUUGUGGGCUGUUCAAUCUGAGAUUCAGGCAGUCUACCUGAGAAGUUUAUUCGAACAGAAGGAAGCCAAUGAUGGAGAACGUCUGACGCUUUCUGUAAAAAAUCUUGGAUCUUCUGAAAUCUCUCCGCAAACCCUUGCUCAUUCAUCUAAUGGGCAUUUUUUUAUGGCUUGUGGUGAUGGAAAGUAUAUUGUUUAUACGUAUAAACAGUAUGAUGCAAUUGCUCUCAAAAUCAGGCAUUACGGACAGGGACUCGAGUUUGUCUGGGCUGCUCAUCCAAAUAUGUUUGCUGUUCGUGAAUCUGCCACCAAUGUGAAGAUAAAGAAGAACUUCAAGGAUCACAAGUCCAUUCGUUCAGAUAUGAUGCUUGAGGGAAUUUCUGGUGGACCACUUCUUGCCUUGAGAUCAAACGACUCUUUGUGCUUCUUUGAUUGGGAAUCAGCCGCUCUUGUUCGUCGUAUCGAAAUCACUUCCAAGAGCGUCUAUUGGAGUGACAACCGAGAGAUGGUCGCAAUUUGUGGGGAUGAUUCAUUCUACGUUUUCAAGUACAGCGCUGAAGCAGUUGCCAAUGCAACAGAAGUGACCGAAGAUGGCAUUGAAGACGCGUUUAAGGUUAUUGGAGAACAAGCAGAAGCUGUGGAGACGGGAUUCUGGAUUGGCGACUGCUUUAUUUUUACAACUGCACUCACAAUCAAUAGAAUUAAUCACUAUGCCGGCGGAGAAAUUGUCACUGUUGCUCAUGUUGAUAGACCACUUUGUUUGUUGGGAUACAUGGCCGAGGAUUCUCGAGUCUACGCUGUCGACAAGGAUCUCAACGUGAUCUCAUACGAACUUUUUCAAUCUGAUCUUGAAUAUCAAACUGCUACAAUGCGCCGUGACAUCGGCACCAGGGGUGGGCCGCAAAUUUGCCGAAUUUGCCGUUUGCCGAGCUCGGCAAAUUUGCCGAAUUUGCCGAGCACGGCAAAUUUCAAAAAAGUAGAUUUGCCGAAUUUGCCGAGCUCGGCAAAUUUCGAAAUUUGCCGCACACAGUACAAUUUUGACUAAAACUAUUGAUUUUUUAGCCAAAAAUGUAGUAAAAUGACACAAAAUUGAGCUAUUUUGAUGCUUAAACAGACAUACUACGCGGAACUUAUUCAGAAACCAGAUGUGUGUUAAGAAUUCAGUAGUUUUGGUGCUCCAAAAAACAUAAAAAAUAUCAAAUUUUUCCGAGUUUAUUAAGCACGGCAAAUUUGCCGAAUUUGCCGAAUUUGCCGUUCUCGGCAAAUAUUGAAAAAAGAGAUUUGCCGAAUUUGCCGAGCUCGGCAAAUUUUGAGAUUUGCCGCACACCCCCGAUUCGGCACUGAUAAAAAGGUGCUCUCCUUUAAUGUAAAAAAAAAGAAAAAAAGAUUCUCACUAAAACUCUUUCUCAUCCCGCAAUCCUUUUUCCGCGACUUGCAAUAUAUGAAUUUAUGUAUGUACUUUGUUGUAAAAAAUAAAUAAGUAAUAUACGUUCAA